UUUUGGAUUUUUUUUUUUUUUUUUUUUUUUAUUACAUGCACGAGUUUUUUUUUUUGUAAGAGAAAAGAAAAACGCUCAAGUAAACUCUUGGAUCGACUUCUGAUGAUGUGAAGUUAGAAACAAAAGCACUUGCUGGCACUUCUUCUUGAUAUAAAAAAAGGAAAGUGCAUUGUUGCUUGACAUUACGCAAACAAUUCAAUUUUUAAUAACAAACGUUUCGAGAUGCUUUGUAAGCAAUCUAGACAGCAUAGAAAGGUCAAAAGAUUACAAAAAAAUUGCGUUUUUAGAUCAUCUUUUAGAAAGACGCGUGCUGUCUGGGAAACAUCCAGUUAAAAAACUUGAUAUUACUUGAUUUAUAUAAUCGCUCACGUCUUUCUUUUAGCAAAGUCUAAUCGAUCAACAAUUUCUUACAUUUUUUUAAAAUGUAUAUAUAAUUACAAAGAACAUCUCGGAACUGUAAUCGCGCUAUUCGAUCGUCUCAAACGGCUUCCGGCAUCCUCUCAUAAAAAAGCAAAAGAAAUGUAAGAAAUUGUUGAUCGAUUAGACUUUGCUAAAAGAAAAACGUGAGCGAUUAUUAAUAAAUGUAUUAUAUUAUUGUUACUAUUGCGCAGUCUUGAAACGAAAAUUUCAGCGUGAUAUUUCCGUGACGUGAAAAUAUGAUUUUUCGACUGAAAAUGAAAAAAAAUUCGAGAGACGUAUUUCGUGCGCGCGCCACGGCGCACACCGAUCGUUGUUGUUGCACGAAGUAAUAUGUGCUGUAUCGAUGUUUUGUAUAAGUAUAUAUCAUUGGUCUGUUAUUGAUCUGUUAUUGGUUUGUGUUAGGUGGUCAUUUAUUAAUUUUAUUUUAUUCUUCUAUUUUAAUAUUAUUUAUAUCUCAAUAAAUUAUGCAAUGUGAUUCCGCACGAGAAAUUUCUUGUUGUUUUUUACCUUCUUUUGUCUUGUCGCGCGAAUAAUUCUGUAAUCUCGAUGUUUUUGCAAAAAUUUGUGACAAACAUGCGAAAACAAUUUGACUCGAAGACGAAGUUAAUUCGAAAAAGAACUUCCGACAAAGAACUGUCGGAGUUCGGUCUCAAGACCGGAGAAAGCGAACGACGAGAUCGGUCACGAUACACAACUGUGAAAUCGCUCGCCGGAGCUCGAUGGAACGAAGCGGAAAAGGUUAAAGACGAGUUGAAGACGUUACUUCCGAUACUAACGCCUUCGCAAGUGAAAAGAUUUUAUCUGCCGUUUCACGAAGCCGUCAUUGACGAGCUUGAGGAAAACGGGUGCGAGAAGUCCGCCAACUUUCUCAGAACGCUGUUCGAACUGGACGAGAAAUCUCGCGAAGAAGCGGGUCCUGAUACACCAACGUGGAGAAAGCCGCGUUUGAGGAACAACAAAGCUGCGGUGACGCGUCUCAAGGAAGGCUUAAUCGCUUCUGAAAACUUCGAGAAAAUCGGAAAUUCAAUUUCCGCGACGACAGAACUUGUCAAGAUGGCGCAACACUUUCAGUCGAUGACGUGGGAGUGGUGGUACGUGGCGGAACAGCUUCUUCGUUGCGCCCUGACGCAAGCGGAAUUGAUAAAGGAUGACAAAAAACAAACAAUCACCUUGGUGAAUUAUUUGUACGGCCGCUUCCUGUUUGAAAAAAGUUAGCGAACAAUUCUUGCAAAAAUUUUUGCAUACAUUACUCAUUCUGACGCACGAUUUCGUAAGCAUUUGCUUGACUGAAUCCGCGCCGCAUGUUAAAUUGCAAAGUAAUUUUGGUCAAUAUUAAUCAUCAUAUUUAUUUGCAAUUCAACAAUCAUCAUUAUCAUUUAUUUUUAAUCGCGUAAUUUUAGCGCAAGAUGUGGCAAAGUCAAUGGAAUAUUUGGAAGUCGCGCGUGAAGCCAGCCGGGAAAGAUCGUGGAACGCGUCGAAGAUCACCGGUCGCAAAGAGAAAACCGUUUAUCGGGAAUGCAACGUGCUUCUGUACAAAGCGCUGCUGAUGCGCGCGCGCCAACUCGAUCAGCCGGAUGUCAUCGAGCAAACGUGCAACGAGGCUCUCGCACGAGCGAAAGAUUGUGAGCUAUUCUUCGUGUUUAGGUUCGCGAAUCGUUCACUCGGUUCUAUUUUUUUUUUUUUUUAUUGGUUGUUUGGCGUGUGGCCCAGUCUGCGAUAAGAUUUACCGUUCACCAGUUUCACGUUUACGCGUGAACCUUCGCAGCCGGGGACCACGAAUACGUCGCGAACGCAUUGUACGAGCUGGGCAAGAUUCAACUGCGCGCACGCAACGUCAAAGUCGCCUUCCGAAAUUUCUCCCGACUUCUGGCGAUGGCCAAGAGGAUCCCGGACCCGGAAGGAAUCUGCAACGCGCACAAAGGGAUGGCGCUCGUGUACAAGUUACGAAUCUACAACAGUAGUUGAAAAAAAAUAUAUAAUGUAAAAAUAUCGAAGAGAGUAUAUAAUUUUUUUUUUUUUUUACCCCGCUCCCCUCCGCGUCCUGCGAUUGAUGUUCUGUGUCGGAACUCGACGGAACUUUCCAUCAGUCUUAACGACGUGAAUUUCUCGCCUCGUUAUUUUGAUUCGCGUUCGUCGCAGAACGUAAUAUUACGAAUAUGUGCGAGAGCGGACGCUCUAAAAUUACAAAUUUCAAAUUUUUCUCUCGCCGAUUCGCUCGUUUUGCAAACGACCAAUUGCAAAAACGAUUCUUUUAGACGGUUUCGCCCAUUUACAGGAACUGAAAGACGAGACGAACACGAACAAUCAUCUCCGUCUGUUCAUGGAAAACGCGGCCGAGUUCGGACUCGCGGGAAAACUGGCGCAGGCGCACUACAUCGCUGGCGAGUAUUUUCUGAGCGAGGUGUGUGUCGACUUCGAUCUUUCGAGUAUCUGUUACGUGCCGCUUAUUUCUGGAUUUUUUUUUUUUUUUUUUGGCUUUCGAAAGAAAAAAACCGACGACAGUCGGAAUCGAUUCCGAAAAAAAGUGCGCACUAAACUAUCCCCCCGUGUGUGAGUAACAAACACAAAUUGUUUCGUAUCGCGGGGAAUUAUCUGCGGAAAUGAUUUUCGCAAGAGAGCGUGUGUGCGUACAUAUAUUUUGUGCGUACAUUAAUUUUAAAAUAAUAUUCGAUUUUGCAGAGAAGACCGGACGAAGCGACUUCUCACUUGGAAACGUCCUUCAAUCUGUACAGCGAACUCGGUUCGAAUGUCGACGUCGAUAGGGCGCGAUUUAUGACUGGAGUUUCGAAGGGUAAACGAAACACGCGUCAAGACACGAAACUAACUCGAAGAACAUGCAAACUCGUGUACUUUAACGUAUGUUUUUUUUUUUUUUUAUUAUAAGGGCAAGAAAUUAUUGCUCGUUACAUCGAGCAAUAAUAUUCCAAUGCGCGACAACCGACUCACCGGCAAUAUCGUUACUUUGCGAGUGGAAAAACGAGAGAAGCGCUUUUUGGACGGAGAACAAGUCACAUAGCGGUGAAGAAGAGCAACGUCAAAAAUGAUUGUCGGUCUUGAUCUUUGAACUAAUGGGACGGCGUAUGUGUUAAUAACGAAACUGGCGCAAAGCAUCAAGAAGCGUCUCGCGUAUAUUGCGCGAUAUAAAAAACUAUUGAACAAGUACGCAACAAAAUACUUUCGCAAUAAAAUUUACAAUAAAAAAAUAUUUACAUGAUAAAACAACGUCCGUGAAAAUUAAUUUCUGUAAAUUUUUUUAAUUUUUUUUUUCUGGUAGUUUUUUAUAAACCGAUUUUGGCUUCGUAGCGCCACAUUAAGAAUAAA